CAAGCAACGCAGCCGCCACCGCCGCCACCACCGCUUCACGAUGGGAGAGGUUCACCUCGCCAGGCACAUGUUCCUGUGGGGCAUGGGCGCCAUUUACCUGUUCGCCUUCGCCUCCCUCUACGUGCAGAUCCCAGGUCUGUACGGCCGCGAGGGCAUCCUCCCCGCACGCAAGCAGCUGAGCCCCCAGGGCAAGCCGGAGGCGCAGCUGAUGUGGGAGCGCCCCACGCUGCUGUGGCUGGUGCCGCGUCUGGGCCUGGACGUGGAGCAGGGCAUGGAGCUGGCGUGCCUGCUGGGCGCCGGCCUCUCGCUCGCCGCCAUGGUCUUUGAGCCGAUGCGCGACGCCUUCACCUUCCUGUGCCUCUGGGUGCUCUACCUGUCGCUCUACCAGGUUGGACAGGUGUUCCUUUAUUUCCAGUGGGACAACCUGUUGCUGGAGACCGGCUUCCUGACGAUACUGGUGGCCCCGCUCCGGCUGAUCAAGUGGCGCCCGGCCACCCAGCGGCCGCACGAUGGCCUCACGUUCUGGCUGCUGCGCUGGCUCCUCUUCCGUCUCAUGUUCGCGUCGGGGGUUGUCAAGCUCACCAGCCGAUGCCCCACGUGGUGGACGCUGUCCGCGCUGAACUUCCACUACGAGAGCCAGUGCAUCCCCACGCCGGCGGCGUGGUUUGCCCACCACCUCCCUGGCUGGGUGCAGCAGCUGAGCGUGGUGGCCACCUACGCCAUCGAAGUGCCCGUGCCCGUGCUGUUCUUCUGCCCGCUGCGCCGCGUGCGCAUCUUCUCCUUCUACGCGCAGGUCCUGCUCCAGCUGAUGAUCAUCGUCACCGGCAACUACAACUUCUUCAACCUCCUCACGCUGGUGCUGUGCCUGUCGCUGCUGGACGACCGGCCACGUGCUCGCUAUAACAGCGGGGGACGUCUUUGCGUGCGCACGACAGGUCAGCAGGCGUCGCCCUGGUUUGACCGGCUGGCGAGGCUGGCAGAGUGCGGCGUGUACGGCACGCUGGCCUUCUGGGCCGUCACCUACUUCAACCUCAAGGUGGACUGGGAGAGGGGCGUCGUGGAGUCGAAGAUCGGAUUCACCUACUAUGACUUCAUGGCCUGGCUCAAAGAUGCCGUGCCCAUCACCAUGUGGAUCGGAGGCGUGUCGCUGGCAUGGGAGGCUUUGGCAGCGCUCUACCGCUGUGCGUGCCAGCGUGGAUUCUUCUGGAAGUUUUGGACGACGCUUCAGUGCGCCAUCUUCCUCUUGGCCACGGCCGGGAUGUUCACCAUCAGCCUGGUGCCGUACACGUACCUGCAGCAGGACGCUCACGCGGCCCUGUGGCCCGGCGUGCGUCGCGCCCACUCCUCCCUCGAGCACCUGCACCUCACGGGAUCCUACGGGCUCUUCCGCCGCAUGACCGGGGUCGGGGGUCGCCCGGAGGUCGUCAUCGAGGGCAGCCACAGCAUGAGCGGAGGCUGGAAGGAGCUGGAGUUCAUGUACAAGCCGGGCAACGUGAGCGCCGCACCUCCCGUGGUGGCGCCCCACCAGCCGCGCCUCGACUGGCAGAUGUGGUUUGCCGCCCUUGGGGAUCAGCAGCACAGCCCCUGGUUCAGCAGCCUCCUCUACCGCCUGCUGCAGGGCAAGCCCAACGUGGAGCGCCUGCUGCAGGUUGACAGGAGCCGCUACCCGUUCAGCGACCGCCCCCCCACCUUCGUGCGAGCCCAGCUCUACAAGUACUCCUACACAAGCCCCGACAAGGACGGGUCGAUGCCGGGCGAGUGGUGGCGCCGCGAGUUGGUCUCGGAGUUCUACCCGGCCGUCUUCCUCGGAGACCCCACCUUCGACGCCGUGCUCCGGCAACACGACUUCAAGGACCGCGGAAAGCCGAGGCAGGAGCCGGAGGGCGAUUCUGCGUCGCCGAUCCUGCAGCUGCUGAGUGGCGCGCGCGCUCUCAGCGAGCCGCACACGGGGCCCACCGUCGUCUGGUCUCUCUUCUCCGCCGCGGUGGCGGCCGUGGCGCUCGCGGCGCUCUUCAGACGGGUCUUGGCGCCGCGGCGGCACCCGGCGGCGGCGGCGACCGGCGGCGGCUCGUCCGGCGGCCGCGCGCGCGGCGGGCGAGACAAGCCGGGCACGGGCGGCGGGCACGGCGCCGGCGACGCGCGGAAGAACGGCGGCGGAGAUUCCGGCGCCAAGCAGCGCGGCAGGGCGGACGAUGGCGGCAGCGGUGGCGCCCGCGGCAAGGCCGGCGGUGCCGCGGCAUCCUCUCCCAACGCCGGCAAGGGCAAGAACAAGAAGAGAGACUGAAGCGGAGUGCGGUGGGGGGGGGUGGCACAGCAGGGCGGCCGCCCUAGGCGGGCGGUCUCCGUGCGUGCGAUUCGACGGUUCCCGUGAAACGGCACGGCCACUGCCACGGGGCACGGCACUGACCGCGUUCGUUUCGACGCCCGGUUUGGCGAAACGGUUUUUGCAGGAUUCGUUGUUUUUUUGUUUCAGACACCAAACGGCUUGUGAGGGGGGGGGGGGGGUGGGGGGAGGUUUCCUUGAGCGUGUUUUUUUGUUGCCCACGUUGUUUCGUGACGAGCGGUCGAAAGCUUUCCGCUCUGUCGCUCGCGCCCUCCUGCAAAGGCACCGGCCACUCUUGGCUUUGCACGGCACGCGCAAAAAUGUUCUUAUUUUUUGAUGAUCGCGCGUGUUUGGUUCAGAUUUUCAUUUUGUAAUUUUAUUUUAUUUUCAAAAUCGGAUAACUGGGUGCACGUGUGUUUAUUUUUUAGUUAAGAUACAUCAAUGAACUGCAAUCGCGUACAAUAACCUCCCUAGCGCGUUCGACAACACUGCCCCUAGAGUAGAGGUGUUCUGGGUGGUUAGAUCGCGUGAAUAUAAACGUGCCGUUAAGCCCGCCACCACCCGACACGGCCAAUUAGUGAAGGUUCGUGUCGCAUAAACCGAACGUGGCCAAUUCGUUCCUAACACCGCACACACCAGUUGUGUGUUGGGAGUGAAAACCCACAACGACGUUUACAAUUCGAGGUGGCGUGACGUUUCGCCGGUAAUUACAACAACCUGCAUCGUCAGGCGACAGCCACAGAGUUGUGGGGAAAUCCCCCCCACAUUUUCGGCCUUAAAAAGUCGUCUUCAAUCGCGUGUUUAGUUGGCUUUUGUUUCGUUCUCGUUGCUAAUUGAGCACAGACGGCACCAAUUCUGAUCGAUUUUUUUCUUCACCCUCCCCCACUCCCCCCGUCGCGCCCUCUCUAAACCUCCCCCCGAUUUUUUUCAAUCAAACUCUGCACACUUUUCGUUUCCCUUUACGUGCGUCAGUGUUAUUAGAAAAACCAUGAAUAUAACAAAAGCUCAUCACCGUGAAAUUGCCACCUUUCCACAGGUUCGCAUUUAUAGUUGACGGGACACACACACACACACAUAUAUGCAUAUCUAAAAAAAAAAAUCAAUCGGACGGCCGUUAGAAUUGACACGUGGUCUUUAUAUAUACGAGAGGACAACACGUUGAGGUGGCAGACCGGCGCACGGCCGUUUCGCUCGUUCGCAUCUUCCUUCGCCGCCCCUCGUUCGUUCCGUCCAACCGUCCGUCCGUCCAUGCCCGCUGAUUGCACGGGUCGCGCAAAGUCGAUUCCAUUCUCUCCUCUGUGUGCGUGUUCAACUUAUUUAGGCACCAACACACGUAGCCAACCGUGCUAAUUGGAGGUGCGGGACAAAGAUGACAGACAAUGGGUCUCUGUGAGUCUAUGGGUCUGCGUGAGUCUAUGGGUCUCCUGUGUGAGUCUAUGGGUCUCUGUGUGAGUCUAUGGGUCUCCUGUGUGAGUCUAUGGGUCUCUGCGUGAGUCUAUGGGUCUCCUGUGUAAGUCUAUGGGUCUCUGUGUGAGUCUAUGGGUCUCCUGUGUGAGUCUAUGGGUCUCCUGUGUGAGUCUAUGGGUCUCUGCGUGAGUCUAUGGGUCUCUGCGUGAGUCUAUGGGUCUCCUGUGUGAGUCUAUGGGUCUGCGUGAGUCUAUGGGUCUCCUGUGUGAGUCUAUGGGUCUCUGCGUGAGUCUAUGGGUCUCCUGUGUAAGUCUAUGGGUCUCUGUGUGAGUCUAUGGGUCUCCUGUGUGAGUCUAUGGGUCUCUGCGUGAGUCUAUGGGUCUCUGUGCGAGUCUAUGGGUCUCUGUGCGAGUCUAUGGGUCUCUGUGCGAGUCUAUGGGUCUCUGUGCGAGUCUAUGGGUCUCUGGGCGAGUCUAUGGGUCUCUGUGCGAGUCUAUGGGUCUCUGUGCGAGUCUAUGGGUCUCUGUGCGAGUCUAUGGGUCUCUGUGCGAGUCUAUGGGUCUCUGCGCGAGUCUAUGGGUCUCUGCGCGAGUCUAUGGGUCUCUGACUUCUCUUGGCACCAACGUACAUAGCCAACCGCGCUAAACGGUGGUGCGGGUGGGGGGAGAAGGACCACAAGCUAAACACAAUUUGCAGUUUGAAAGAAAUGAUUUUGUCAAUGUAGAAGACGAUUUAAAAGUUGCAUAGCUCCUAGUGGCUUCAUAAAUAUCGGAAAGGGAGAGCGUUCCAGACGGCCGCAGACGCACAUCCGAAGGAGCCGCGCGAUGAUGCGGUGACCACUGCCUUUAUUCGUUGGCUCAGCCGGAGUUUGCGUGUUUACCGUCGGCGUAAGCGUCGACUUUUUGUUUUGUUUUUUUAUUUUAUUUAACGUCUCGCUUGCCUCCCUACGCCGCGCCCAUUCAGACCGCUCGCAGCGGGUUUACUCGCCGGCGUUUGGCAGCAUGGCAAUAAAACAGGAGGCGUUAAGUUCAAACACCGAAUAGAUGAAACCUUUCGCAAGGAAUGAAGUUACCGCAUUAACCACACACACAAACAGUACUUGUGCUGAACAUGCAAACAAACAUGGCUCUGAUAAUAAUCUAAGGGCAUUGUCUUUGACACUAAUUGGCCUACAGCAGAGACAGCAGCAGCCUUAUUCAUGACCCAGCCUCGCCGGUGUGUCGCCUUUUGGCGCUGUUCUCUGGCGUGACACUGGCGGUGAGACUAGGCCAUAAAGAAGGCAGCGGUCUCUGAUGGAGGCCAAUCAGUUUCACAGACAAUGCCCAGAAAUUAUCAGAACCAUGUUAUGUUUGCAUGUGCACCACAGGUACUGUUUGGGGCCAAUGCAGUAACUUGAUUCCUUUGUAAAAGGUUUCCUCUAUUUGGUGUUUGAACAUCUGAACACAACUCCUGUUUUAUUGCCAGAAAGCGUAAAACCUCUUCUUGUUUUUUCAUACUUUGAUGCUGGCAAAAAGGUCCCGUGUUGUAGCUGCUCACCCCGAGUUAUUAAUUUUCUGAGAGCAUUCUCCUUGUACUGCUCUCUGGCGUGACACUGGCGGUGAGACUGGGCCCUAAAGAAGGCCGCUGUCUCUGUAAGCCAAUCAGUUUCACAGACAAUGCCCCCAUGUGUUAUUAUCGGAGCCACGUUCGUUUGAACUUUCACCACCGGUACCGUGUGGGGCUGAUGCAGUAACUUGUUUACAUGCAAUGAAGGUUUCCUCUAUUGGUGUGUGAACAUCUGAACACGACUCCGGUUUUAUUGCCAGGCUGUGUCGUUACCCACGACUUUCGACAGUGUUAUGCGUUGCACUCUCUUAUCGCGGUCUGGUGCCAUAGCAGAAGUAGCUGCCCCCCACCACACGCGGAAGUGGAUCGAUGAUGAUGAUGAUGAUGAUAAUAAUCAUUUAGUGUACUAACUCGUUUUACUUUGGGGGGAGCGAAAUACAGCCGCGGUGGUGUUAACGGUCGGCAGAGCAGCUUGACCUGCAAUCCCAGAGGUCGCCGGUUUUAAUCGGAUCUCCCGGCGCGGCGGUCCAGACAACGGUUACAGGUCGUCGCUUGCCUCAAACCGGCGGUAUAUGAAUGGGCAGCUCUGUGCGUGUGGUGGGGGGGGAGGGUAAAUUGUGCGCGCUGCAAUUUCUUCAAACAUCCUCGCGUGGAGGCAGCUUCUGCCAGCGGUGUUACGACGAGGAAAUUGCAGCUUGGCUCGUGCCUGUACCUUUUUUUUUACUUUACUUGACUUUACUUCUGCCUUGUUGUUCAUCACAUUUCUAAGGCUUGUGAAGCCACCUGCCAGGCCCGCUGGGGCACAGGGGCCCGUUAGUUGCGAGGGUUCUCGUUGCCGCGAGUGCCAGUGCCGCCGGGAACCCCCCGACCAUCGCGAUCCAUCGGCGUCUGUCUCAACGAGGGGGGCCCUUCCUUGGUUAGUAAAAGUUCUCGUUAAUCAUCGAAGGAGCACGCAGUACGUGGGGGGGGCGGAGGGAUGGGGGGGGGGACGAAAAACGUCAGACGAUCGCACCGGUGGGGGACAGACGCGCGAUACGAAACGCGACAACGCGUCGGGCGGAGAGCCACGGAGAAGUACAGAAUUAUACCGUCGAGGACUCGACGAAAUAAUCUGUGCGCCGCGCAGCUGAUACGUGACACGGACUCGCGGGUUAGGGGUCGCGCACUUUCCGUUGGCGUCGUGAUCGCGUCCGAAUGCUCUAGGCGUGAAGUUUAGCGUCGUGCGGUGGUCCUGUUGUAGUUCGUUGGGUCUUAGCUGUAGCCAGGGUGCCGUCUACUCGCGAUCGGAUGUGUUGGCAUCCUUCGCCGUGUCUGUCGGUGAAUCGUUCUUCGCUGUCGCCGGGUUAAGUUGCAUCGUUGUGUAAAAAUAACAAUAUUUGAAAUAUAUAUACGCACGCAUGCACGCGCGCACGCACACACAUAUAUAUAAAUGACGCGCUAACGCCGCGAAACAUCGCGGUUGAAGUUACGGCAAGCUGACGCGGGUCGGAGUGGCGGACUGUUCACCCGGCGUGACCAAAGGUGCCGUAGCCCCUUUUGUCAAUCGGUGCGUGCGGAGAAACGCUCGGAAUUUCGCGGGGAGGACGAGGGGCAGCUUUGGAAGUUGGGGAGUGUAACGUGGCGAGGUGGAUGCAGUGGUGGAAGAGGUUGCGGUGUGCGGGAGACGCGUCGUGUGGAGGGAGGGUGGGUGGAGUGAGCGACUUGUAGGUUCAGAACGCUGCGGGGGGGAGAGCCUUGUCGAUGUAAUGGGAAGCAGGAGGAGGUAGUGAUGGGUGGGACGCGUGGUGAGCAGGGUGAAUGGAGGAGGAGGCGGAGGCCAGGUCAGCGAGACGUCAACUGCAGUGGCACCCAGAAGUCGACAACCUGAAGUGAGGUGUAGGUGGCGGUGGUGGUGGAGGUGGAGGUGAAACUGUCGGUGCGUUCCUUGGAGAGGCAGCUGCUGACUUUGUAACAAACUGCAGGCUCGCGCAGAAGGCAGGGUGUGUGGUGGCAUCCAACGCGUUAGUCCAUCACGCCACAGCGCCCUUGACUUGUGUGUGUAUGUGUAUAUAUAUAUAAAACGUCCGCUAAUGAUUUACGUACGCAUCAUGUGACUUCUUAAAAGCCCCCCAGCAUCGGCUGGGCAGAGAUCGUGACCGAUUAUUACAGCUCAGUUGGAGCAUAGCAAACGCCCCCUUCCACCCCAUGCUUUGCUGUAAUUCCCCAACCCUGUCUACUUUCUGCAGUUCCCCUGUUGGCCAAAACUGUCGGGCGAUGACGAGUCCACGGGGGUCAUGGACUCCCACGCGACCUUGAGAGACGAGUCGAUCUGCCCUGUCGCUCGCGCGCGGUUCUGUCGUGAAGGUCCAGACGUAGGUGACGGUCCAGAGGUGACGGUCCAGACGUAGGUGACUGUCCAGAUGUGACGGUCCAGAGGUGACGGUCCAGCGGACUGUCCAGACGAUGUAGGCGAUGCGAAAAGUGUUCCCGAAAUGUCAGUAACUGCAGUCGAGCGAAAGCGCGUUUCCUCGCCUGAACAACCGGCCCACGCGUUGAGCGAGGACUCCGCCGUGCGGCGCAAGCGCCACGAUCACCGUCGAUCGGCCGUUCGGCCGAGUUUCCGUAACCGCUACAACCACGAUUCAUCCUCGGUCAUUCAUAACGCGGAUUAUUACUUCCCCGACUGUGAAAUAAGAGCAACUGUUAACCCGUUUUUUGUUUUUUUAAACCGGAGGACCCAGAGAAAUAAUCCCACGAACUCCAAAUGUACAACAGGUGUCAGGGUCGGAAUGGAACCCACGACCUCCCGUACACCAGGCGAGGUAGUUAACAUCUCCUAGCCACCGCGGCGCCCCUACGCUGUACUACGGUACAGCGUCGCAUAUCCGACAGCCGCGCAUGCCCGUCCCGACCCAGUUAACCGCCCACACACCGCAGUGCGCUUUCGGAGCGUGGUGUAACUCUGUCGUGUUGCGUACUCGCGGUCAGAACGUCCAAAAAUGUAACGGCACGGUGACGCAUCCUCUGCCUCGCGCGUAGAGUCGCUUCCAAAGCACGGCGAGAUGUCGUUUCCCGUGUCCGCUAACCUGUUUUGUGCACCCUGUGACGAAUUGCCGAAUGGUGGGUCGCGUAUCCGACCCUGGUUCGCGUAUCCGACCCUGGGUCGCGAGCCAAGGUGAGAGACGUUAUACCUGCGAUGAAGUCGACGGGCUUGAUUCGUAAUUGUAACCGGGGCUUAAUCCAACACCAUGGAACCUUCCUGGUUGAAUCUCGCGUCUGUGGGUUUAUGGUGAAGUUCCCAGACGAUAUGGCGAGGCCCGUGAGUGGUGAGAUGGAGAGAUUGGAGAGGCACCCCAGCGCCAGGGUUGAUACUACUGCUGCUGCUGCGACUGCUGCUUUGUCUUGGUACUAUACGCCCCUACUGCUUCACAGUGGUCAUUAAAGGAACCCGCUGACGUCCUUUGGAAGAGUAGGCCAAGCGUGUGCGCGCACGCCAGCGUCACAGUCCACGUUGUUGCUGUUAAAUUGAGUAAAUAUCACACCGGAAAAACUAAAAAAUCACUAAAUUUUUUGAAUUUUCACAACAGCAGCAGCUGCAAUUAUCGCCACCCCUCCUGCGAAAACGUGGCAGGACCCUCGUGAAAAAUCGAUUAACGAGACUCGCUGAAGCUUGCCCCAGGGUAAACGACCGUCGUAGUAAUAACAAUAAUACCUAAAAUCUAAAUAACGAUGAUACCGUAAACAUCAAAAUAAUGACAAAGCGACCCUAGGAAUAAUGAUGAUACCGUAAACAUCUAAAUAAUGAUAAAGCGACCGUAAGAAUCAUGAUGAUACUAAUCAAAUAAAAACCAAUCGAGAAUUUCCAUGGCGCCGUCUCGCGUGUCUGGCAAUGGGCCCCCCUGAGUGACCACGUGCUGUGUGUAGGGGGAGCUUGGUGUGGAGGGGAGGAGCGUUGUGGGGGGCUGACGUCACAACGGCCUAGGUGACGCGCACGUGACUGUGACAGCUGGCAGACCUCGUGGGCGUUAGUGUUGUGUCACGCGUGUCGAUCCGUCUUUCGGUGUUCGAGACA